CUCUUCCACGUCGGCAGCAAUACUCCCCUGCACUCAAGCUCGAGCUUGGACAGAUAGCACCAUAUCAGCAGGCACGCGCGCGAUAACACGACGACAGCAGAGUGGGAAGUCAUGGCUCGCGAUCUGAAGACCUCCAGGCUCGCGACCAUCUACGAAGGCACUGAUGUUGACGAAAGGACUCUCCAGCAAGGCCAAACGAAGCGGAGGCGACCUCGCUCGAAGGCUUUCCGACUUCUCGGUCCUCUCAUCCUCCUCGCUUGUCUUCAUUUUACGAUCUUCAAUUCGAGUUCGGCCUUCUUCAGCGGUCACCAACAACACACUGUUCGCGUCCCUAUCCAUGCCGAGAAGACCCUUUCGCGGUGUCGCGACCUCUCGCGUACGCCCGGUCCAUCUCCUUCGUUCUACUCCCGUUCGACUUCGGAUCGUUUCGUACCCGGUACGAAACCCACGCUGUUAAAGAAUGCGAAGAUAUGGACUGGUGGAGCAAACGGGACGGAGGUAGUGGAGGGCGAUAUUUUCGUGGAUAAGGGGAUCAUCAAGAGUAUCGCACCGGGUUUGGGAGGAAAGAGGUUCGCGAAGGAGAUCAGGGAGCUGGUGAAGAGCGGAGGUAUCGAGAUUGUAGACGUUGAUGGGGCUUGGGUCACACCUGGUAUCGUCGACUCGCACUCUCAUCUCGGCGACUAUCCCGCCCCUGCACUCUCCGGUGCGUCAGACGGAAACUCGCAUGCAGGCCUCACUUUACCCUGGCUUCGUUCCAUCGACGGCCUCAAUACCCACGACGAUUCAUACCCGCUCUCUAUCUCUGGCGGCAUUACCACCGCUCUCGUUCUUCCUGGUAGCGCGAACGCGAUUGGAGGCCAAGCAUUCGCGAUAAAGUUGAGGGAGACGAAGGAGAGGAGUCCGACGGCGAUGUUAUUGGAGCCUCCUGCGGAUCUUAACGGGACGUAUAGGGAUACGAGAGAGGGCGAGGAAUGGAGUGGACAUUGGAGGCAGAUGAAGCAUGCAUGCGGCGAGAACCCAAGUCGUGUAUACUCCGGAACUCGUAUGGACACCUUCUGGGCUUUCCGCAAAGCAUACGACACCGCGCGUCAACUCAAAGAAAAGCAAGAUGCUUUCUGUAGUAAAGCCCUUUCUGGAGAAUGGACGGAUCUUGGCGAGUUCCCGGAUGAUCUGCAGUGGGAUGCAUUGGUGGAUGUCUUGAGGGGACGGGUCAGGGUACAAGCUCAUUGCUAUGAAGCGGUGGAUUUGGACGAUUUGAUUAGGCUCACGAACGAGUUCAAGUUCUCCCUCGCGGCGGUACAUCACGCACAUGAAGCGUACCUUGUCCCGGAAGUCCUCAAGAAAGCUUACGGACAUCCGCCCUCUGUUGCUAUCUUCGCUGCUAAUGCCAGGUAUAAACGGGAGGCCUACCGCGGAUCUGAAUUCGCGGCGAGGAUUUUGUCUGACAACGGACUGACAGUGGUCAUGAAGAGUGAUCACUCGGUCUUGAAUUCGAGGUACCUGUUAUAUGAAGCCCAGCAAGCUCAUUAUUAUGGUCUUGCGGAUAAUUUGGCGUUGAGCUCGGUGACUACUUCUGCGGCGAAGACGAUUGGAAUGGAUCACCGGAUUGGAUAUGUUAGGGAAGGCUACGAUGCUGACUUGGUAGUCUGGGACUCUCACCCUCUCGCUCUCGGAGCUACCCCAGCCCAAGUCUACAUCGACGGAAUCGCUCAACUCGCAUCUCCAUUCACUUCACACACCAAGGACUCGCCUACUUUCCAGACCGUACCCGAAGUCCCCGACUUCGAGGACGAAAUCAAGAAGGCGAUCGAGUUCGAGGGUUUACCGCCCUUGGGACCGGCUGAGAAACUGAAGAGUGAGGGUAAUGUAGAGGAAGUUAUCGUGUUCAAGGGGGUUGAAAGCGUCUGGAUGCCGGGCGUGGGUCAGAACGGAGAAGUGGAGGUACAGGAGAUGUUCAGUGCUGAGUCCGUAGGGAGCGAGCACUACGGAAGCGUCAUCGUCCAGAACGGAACUGUUCUCUGCUACGGCGAUAUAACCACUUGCUCACUCGGCGCCCUCUCUUCUCCUAACGUCCACGUCCGCGAAGUAGACCUCAAAGGCGGCUCCAUCUCUCCCGCUCUUCUCUCUUUUGGUUCUCAACUUGGCCUCCAAGAGAUCUCCGGCGAGGCGUCGACGGUGGACGGAACCGUUCUGGAGCCUUUGAAGGGUGAUUUGCCGAGUGCGUUGGGUGAGGGAAAGGAAGCCGUGAUCAGAGCCGUAGAUGGGCUGCAGUUUGAGACUCGGGAUGCUUUGCUCGCCUACCGUUCCGGAACAACCCGCGCCAUCACAGCUCCCACUUCCUCAAGCUUCACCUCCGGCCUCAGCACGCUCUUCUCCCUCGGUGCCUCCCACAAACUCGAGGACGGAGCUGUCAUCCAAGAGGACGUAGGCUUGCAUGUCGCGGUGAGACAUUUCGGGAAGGCAGGGCCGAGCGUGAGUACACAGAUUGGGGUGCUGAGGAAGGGAUUGGUGGAUGGGAUUGAUGGGAAGGGGAUUUAUGUCGACGUGGUCAAAGAAAAGAUACCGCUCGUCGUCGAAGCCCACAGUGCAGACAUCAUCGCGACCCUCAUCGCUCUCAAAGCCGAGAUAGAAAGCAAAUCGUCCAUCUCGCUCCAAUUGACCAUCACAGGCGCUACUGAGGCGCAUCUGCUUGCGAAGGAGUUGGGAGAGGCGGGCGUGGGUGUGAUUUUCGUGCCGAGUAGACCGUUCCCGAAGGUUUGGGAGAUGAAGAGAUUGCUUCCUGGCCCGCCGUUGAGCAAGGAUAGUGAGAUUUCGCUCUUGGUGAAAAACAACGUGACGGUUGGGAUCGGGUGCGAAGGUAGCUGGGCUGCGAGGAACGCGAGGUUUGACGUCGGUUGGGCUGCCCUCGAAGCCGACGGCCAGAUCUCCAAGUCCCAAGCCCUCGCUCUCGCGUCCACCAAUCUUGAGAAACUUCUUGGCGGCGAUGCGAUCGUCAAGGAGAGCGUGAGGUUGCCGGAGUUGGUAGCGACGGAAGGCGGAGAGUUGACUGCGUUCGAGGGCAAGGUGGUGGCUGUCAUUAGAGGGAGGACGGGGAGGGUCGACUUGUUUUGAUGGGACUGUGAAUCGCGGGUAGGGAUGGAUCUAAGAAAACAGGGAGGAUAGCAGGCGUUGUGAGGCAAUUUUAUAGAUUUUUAUGAACUCGUGCAUUUACGCAAUUCAGACGCUUAGACAGACCCGUAGGGAUGGGUCGAAUGUUAUGACUGGGGAAAUAUAUCAGGUAAAGCAUGUAGGAUUCUUAGGUGCUACCAAAUAAUCGUACGGGGCGAUGAUCAAAGCGAAAUGUGAGGAAGGGUACGAUUUGGGUACAAUCGACGGAUUUGGGGGUGGUCACGUGACUGGACUACCGUAUUGGUCUGUGCAAGCUUCAAGAAUUGAAGACCAUGGAGUGCUAUCCUGGGCUUCCCAAACUGUUCCUGUGACCAUCUCCCACCGUUCUUGAGUCGACGCCUUCCACUCCGGAUAGCACUCCUUAUACACCUUCAUUAUUAUCGGACCAAGCUCGAGCGAGACCCGUCGAGCCUUCGGACCAUCUACAGACCGCGAAAGGACCAUAUCCGCCAUGGCGAUAAACAGAUCCUCGAACCUCUCGAUGUGAUAGGGUAACAGCCCAUCUUCGAGAGCGUUUCUGAACAUCGGACUGGGCGGUAGUAGCCAAGUGUCGAAGUAGAUGCGCUCAAGUUCGCAGUUCGCGGCAGAUAGAGGGCGUCCAUCCGGACCAUCUGAAGCGUCGAUAGUGAGGGACUGGAAUAUCUCUUCGUAGACUGGCUCGUCGAUGCAUCGAGCCCGCCGAAUAACGAGCGAUUUUAGGCCAGGUAUCCUUUUCGUAAUGCUCAUCACCAGCUCCUCGUCACUGAGACCUCUUUGAUACCCGCAAAGCUCGAGGGUUUCAAGUGAAGACGCGCACUGCUUCAGCAGGUAUCUACACGUCUCAAUGAAGGCUGCAGGGGAACUCCAGUCAUUGAUGACGGUGAGGCGCAAUGAGUGAAGAUUGGGCACAGGGAGGUGUGAGAGGAGGUAGUUCAUAGCUACGUGGUCCGUUGCAGCGAUAGAGAGUGAGCGAAUGGCGGGGAAAGAAUAGUCAAGCGUCUCCGGCCGGGGAGGGUUAUAUGGCCAAUCGUCGGUCAUCCACACGGUCGUGAGAUGAGGGAUGUUGAAGUCGAGCGAUGAAAGCGAGGGGAGAUUACGCAGCCAACAGGUUACUUUUUCCGGAUAUAAAGGAUGCUCCAGAAGAUAUCUGACAGAAAGAUGGUGAAGAGUGGUCGGAAGGGCGUUCUGUGGGAAGGUGAGGAGUGGGAUCCAAUUGAUGAUCGUGAGGCUACGCAGUCUUGAGCACGAUUUGAGGCCCGAGAGAAACAAGACGUGGGGAGCAGCGUCAUCUUUGACUUCGAAAAUUGCCUUGUCGUGAGCAGCAUACGGCACCUCCAGCUCGAAUGCUUCCAGCAUGGGUUGCAAAGACGAAAAGUCGGGUCUAUCAGCGACUCUGAACUUGCUGGAGAUGUGGGACGUGAGGGCCUCGACGGAUUUAUCAUGGCGUAGACGGAAUUGUACAUCUUUCCAGCGCUCCGAGUGGAUGCAAAGGACGCCGACAUACAUGAACUCUAUAAUCGCGGAUGUGGGUUCGCCGGAAAAGAGAUCGACAGUGAAUGUGAGUGGCAAAGGCGAUGAUAGCGAGAUGUAUUUAUGAAGUAUAGGGAUGAAACGGUCGUCGUCGGUACGCGGGAUAUCCAGAUGCGUCCAAAGGUGACGUGUCGUCAGCGCGAUGUCUCUCCAGGCCCGACAGACUUGAGUGAGUAGGAGAGGAGCUUGGUUUGGGUGAAGCUUCGGAAAUCCGUCGGCGCACGAUUCCACAACGCAGAGAAACGUUUCGGCCCAGAUUUCAGGGGGAAUACGUUUUCCUCCCAUUAUCAAUCGUAACAGAAAACUUUGAGAUAAGUAGUUGCUGGCGCGAGAGCGAUGACUCGGACGAUAUGGGAAGUCGGGACCCCAGAUUGACCCCAAAUUUAUGAGGAGAAAUGCCGUGCUCUGCUAGUUUCGCUCUGUGUCCCGCGCAAGCACCGGAUGCUCGAAGGAUCGUGG